UCAUAUUUUCAUACCUUCUUUGGCCGAUCGCCUUUACGAUGGGCGUGCCAUCAGAGGACUGUCUCAAAGCUGCCGAGUUAAUUGGCGUGAAAUCAAUGCUCAACGAAUUCGUGGCCUUCACGAGGUUAGGCAUUAUUAUCAAAGAUAGUGUCAUUUAUCGGGAGUUUCAGGGUAACAGUAGUUUCACCUACUUGUCGAAUGGUGGGAUUGUUGUUGAUUUUCGAAACGGAACUACACAUCUUAUGGAGUACGGUAUAUUCCACACUGAGCGAGCUGAAGUUAUAAGUACAUAUGCGCUUUGUGGCUUUGCUAACAUUGGAUCGAUCGGCAUCAUGUUGGGAUCCCUGGUAACCAUGCUGCCACACCGUCGUAAGGCGUUGUCAGAGAUGAUUCUGGGUGGAAUGGUUGGUGGAACUAUAGCCUGUUUUCUUACUGGCUGCUUUGCCGGUAAGUUGAAAGGUGUUGUAUUCCGAUGUUUUUAUCGCUAA